UUGUGGUGUGAUAGCUGGUGGAUGACGACUAUACGAGGCAUGAAGGCAGAGGAGCAAUGCGUACAUACAUGGAAACAAAACGUCAAAAUUUAUUCACACUCAUCAGUCAAUACAGUAAAUAGUGACUAGUUGUUAAGGUGAAAGUGGAUGUCGUCUUCGUGAUUUGGCGAAAAUUCCACACUUUUCAAUCGAAAUUCAAAGUACCUAGUUAGAUUAAAAGACCAUUGAAUAUGUUUAGUUAGUGAAAAUUAAACACAAAUUUAAUUUAUGCCAAAAAAUCCCAUCAUUUAGUUGUAAAAAAAAUUCAUAUUCAUCUAUUGCCUGUUUGCUGCCUAUGUGAGGUAGAUUUUAGUUAGAACAAAUGAUUCGUCGUGUCAUAACGUAUUCGAUAGUAGGUGCGGGUGCUGUUGGAACUGGGUUGAGUCUUCGAGCAAAUGACUAUGAUGUCAACUCACUGGGCAUUGUGCGUCUAUCGAGAUCCGCCAUAACUGUGUUCGAUGUUGCCCUAACGUAUAAACGAGAACUCUACUAUAGAGAAUGGGAUAAAUCUUCACCAGAGUACAAAGCCGAAAAAAGUCGUGUCCACAAAAUUGCCGCCGAAAAACUACUCGACCUUAUGUGUACAAACAAAGGAGUCUAUAUUAAAGUAGGACAGCAUGUUGGUGCUCUUGACUAUCUGCUACCAAAGGAGUUUGUUCAAACAAUGAAAAUCUUACACUCAAAUGCACCAACAAAUCCUGUUGAAGAUUUGUACAAAGUCAUUAAACAAGAACUCAAGAAACAUCCCGACGAUCUAUUCGAAUCAUUUGAUCCAAAUCCACUUGGAACAGCUUCGCUGGCACAAGUUCACAAAGCAAAACUGAAAACCGGCGAAGUAGUAGCAGUUAAGGUGCAACACCCUUAUGUGAAAGGGAAUUCCAUUGUGGACAUGAAAACAAUGGAAAUUCUAGUCAACAUGAUGGCCAUAGUGUUUCCUGAUUUUAAAAUUACAUGGUUAGUAACUGAGAGUAAGAAAAAUCUACCAAUUGAAUUGGAUUUCCUACACGAAGGUCGUAAUGCAGAAAAGGUGGCGAAACAAUUCAAACGUUAUAGUUGGUUGAAAAUUCCAAAGAUAUACUGGGAAUUGUCAUCGCCACGAGUUCUAGUCAUGGAAUAUCUCGAAGGUGGUCAAGUAACUGAUUUAGAGUAUAUUGAAAAGAACAAAAUCGAUAAGUUUUCAGUGGCCAAUAAAAUUGGACAACUCUAUUCGGAAAUGAUUUUUACUACUGGCUUUGUUCAUAGUGAUCCACAUCCGGGUAAUAUAUUGGUGAAGCAAAAUGCAAGUGGAAAUGUCGAUCUUAUUCUGUUGGAUCAUGGGCUUUAUGCCGAUUUAACUGAUAAAUUUCGAUAUGAAUACUCGAAACUAUGGCUAAGCAUUUUGAAAGUCGACAAAGAUGCCAUGCGUUUGCACAGUAAUAAUCUAGGCAUUAAAGAUAAUCUUUAUGGAUUAUUUGCGUGUAUGGUGACUGGACGACCUUGGGAGACUGUUGUACAGGGUAUUAGCAAAAUUAAAUAUUCCGAAGAAGAGAAAGAUACAUUACAAAGCAAUACUUCGCUGGUGCUUCCUCAUAUUGCUGAUGUCUUAGAACAAGUCGACCGUCAAAUGCUGUUAAUUUUGAAAACAAACGAUUUGAUUCGUGGUAUUGAAGCGACACUUGGAACUCAAAAUCGAAUGACUGCAUUUUGGGUCAUGUCCAAGUGCUGUGUACAUUCAUCAUUUGCUGAACAAAAACGAAAUGUAAAUAGCCGCAGUUCACGUCUCAGUGUUUCGCUCAAAGAACGAUGGGAAAUUUUCAAACUAAAUGUUUACUAUUUGUAUAUAGGUUUUAUUAAUUUUGGUUUUAUUGCAGCUGUUAAGCAACUCAUGUAAUAAAAAAUAAGUCAAGGGUAAAUUUUGUAAUUAUUUAUUAUUUUUGUAACGAACUUAAUGUGAAGAAGAAUAAACUAGUUUUUGUUAUUUUUUUCAAUGCAAAUUAA